GUUACCAAGUCGCAAGCGAAUCACUUUAAAACUGUUGUUUUAAGAUAGAAGUUUAAAAGAGUUCUGGCUUAAGUUCUAAGACUACUAAUACCCGUGUAUUGUAUUCAUGCCAUCGCAGUUUAUGAACAAUACUGUAAAACAAAUAGCUGAAAAAGCUAUAGUUUCAACUUUGUUUCACAUUUGCACAAACAACAUAGAAGUCCACAACAGUUCUACCAUAACUUCAAAGAUUUCCAAUAAAGAUGAAACAUUUUUGUUUUUUAUUUUCAUUCGUCGUUGUUACUGUUUUAGCAGUUAACAUAGCGGACUACAAGAAUAAGAUGGACCAAACAAACAAACAUAUCGAGCUAGCAGGAGAUAGAUUGCAUGAGGUAAUUAAAUCAUUUGUUUGCGGAAGAUAUUCAAUGGAGGAAAUAGCUAUAAUGUUAGCUGCACCAGAGUUUGCAGUCGCUAGAAGAGGACUCAGGAAAUGCAUUCAUUACGAAAAUAGUUUGCAACAAAAAAUAUACAAGGAAUUAAAAAUCAAGGCUCCAGAAUAUGUAGAAAAAUAUAUUCAUAAUCCUGAUUAUCCAAACAAAUAUGUUGAAAUUACUGAUGUAAGUUCUGAAGAGGAAUAUUAUGGUGAAGAAACUUCUGGUAAUGAAAGUUCUGGUGAUGAAUUUGUUGAUGACGAAAAGAAAAAUAUUGUUGUUCCUGAUGGUGAAAACAAAGGUAUCCCUGUUCCUGAAAAUGAAGAAAAAAAUAAUGAAAUUUCUGACGAUGAAAAGAAAAACGUUGUUGUUCCUGUUGAUGAAUUCAAAGGUGUCACUGUUCCUGACCAAAAUGUUUUAUUGCAAAAUUUAAAGAGAAAUUUUGGUUUUGAACCAAUAGAUUUUAAAGACCGUGAAUUGUUCGAACUUGGAAAAGUGAGAAGAGAAAUGACUGAAAAAGUUACACAAGAAAUGGUUACGAGCUUAGAACAGGAGGACAUCGAUCCAGAUUUCACAGAUAUUAAGCCGAAAUGUCGGUUACUAGGAUUGCUCACAAGUAUAGUACAACCGGAGGCAUAUAUAAUACGAGCUAAAAAUCGCGGUGACAGCGAGUGUCUAUUCAAAAGUAUAGACAAAAGUAAAAAAAUCGAAGCUAAACCAGUGCCUGGCACGUCUUUCAAAAAUUUUUUUGUUUGAUUAACUUAUAGAAAAUAAUCAUCAUUAAUAUAGUGAUAAGUAUUCACUUGCAUCUCUGUUAAUAUGAUUUUGACCAGGAAUCUUAGAGUUAAAUUAUCACAAAUUAUACAGUACUGUUUUUAUUUAAUUUAAAUAAUUGUUUCCAAAUCGCACUUAUAUCCAA